AUCUGCAGACUAGAGACAGACAGGCAGGAACACUCUUGCGAAUUCACAGAGGGCAAGGAUGGCGUCUGUCUCCCAGUCACCUGAUGAGCCUCACAGCAGGCUCCUUCCAUUGUUCAUGGGCCUGAGGUACAGGAAUGUGUCCUUUGUUUUGGACACCUCAGAGGCCAUGAGCACUGCUCUGGGGUCAGUGAAGCGCCUGCUCAUCCAGACCCUGCUGAACAAGGCAUCCCUCAGAGACUCGCUCUUCAACAUCAUAGGCUUCUCAUACAAGGUAACCCGUUGGUCUGAGCACAUGGUGCCCUGUGCUCCGGACACUGUCUACGAGGCUCUAUCCUGGAUCCACUCCCUCAGCUCCAGCCCAGGUAGGGACCUCCUGGCUGCCCUGAGUACAGCCUUCAGCGACCCAGCCUGCCACGCCGUCCACCUGGUCACCACCGAUCUCCCUGACCACCCAGAGGAACUCCUUCGGGCCCUGCCAACAAUGGCAGGGAAGAGGCCAGUACAUGUGUUCCACCUGUCGCUAUCUAACCCCAGCAGCAGCAGCUCUCUGGACGGCAGGACUCAGGACUUCAUGCAGUGUCUGACUCAUGCCACAAGAGGGAGCUGUUAUGUUCUCCCAGUCGGGAUGGAUGGGGCAGUAGAGCAGGUGAUUCCAUUGUACACUGCUGAGAGCCAGCCCUCAGUGCCGACCUGUUCUCCAGUGAAGUCCUGCAGUCAGUCCACCUCUGUUGUUCCACUGCAGCCUUUACUGCCCUUUUCUCCUCUCAGGUGUAUGCUUGGUAAUCCCUUCUGUCCAGUCAGUAGCUGUGUGUUGUCAGGGAGGGCCCUGUCCCUGUGCAGCACAGAGUUUCUCCCAGGCUGCCGUGUGUUGGCCAGGAGGGAGCUGGAUGGCCUUUACUAUCUGGGCACUGUAAUGCAGCUAGUCCAGGGUCGAAGAGGAGUGUACGUGGUUGAGUUUGACAGGCCGGGGACGAGGAGACCCGAAGCGGGAGACGGUCACGCUAUGAGGAUGUCCCAGCAACAGCAGCAGCAGCUAGUCUGCUCUCCAGACAUGCUGAACCACACUCAGGCCCACACACACUGUCUGGUCUCUGGGGACGCAGUGUUGUCCCCGUGGGAACCUGACCUGAGGAGAUACGGUCCGGGGAGAGUGGUCUCCGGAAUGGAGAUACGAGAUUCACUAACAGCAGAGAGUGGGAAGGGGCUCCAGGUGCUAUUGUGGAAUGGUAGGCUGAUGCAGGUGCCUGGGGAUCUAGCUGUGUGGAUCCCUGCAUCUCAGCAUGAGCGGAUCGUCAGGGAGCUCCAGCGAAUUCCUCUGCCGCCAUGCUGCAAUGACAAUUUGCUCCACGUCCACAGCGCCAUGUGGGCUCCCUAUCUGUACGGCACUGGAACACAGUGCUGUCCAUCAGCAGGUGGACCAUGCCAUUGUCCAAUCAUGCAGCCAUGGUGGCCACUGAGAGUUCCGCCUACUCAUGUGCAUGGCCUGAAGGAGAGGGAGGGGCUAGAGAGGGAGAAGCGGCAAGAGAGGGCAGAGCUGGAGCAGAAGGUGGACCUCCAGUUGGGAGAGCUCAAGGAAACUAAAGAGGUUGAACCUGAGACAUCAUCUUCGUCCUCUUCUUCAUCCCUGUCGGUGGAUGAGGAAGCAGGGGCCAUAGGGGAAAAGUCUGUCAGCCCAUUGGCCAGCACAGAGCCCUCUCCCCUGGACAAGCUGGGGCCAGAACACAGCCGACCCGCCUGGAGGUACUGGAGAAGAAGCGCUCCUGAGCCACAGCACAGACAGCCAGAGAAAGCACCAAGGGGAAAAUUCCAGUCUACAAAAAUCUGCUACCCUGACGUCGAGAUCAGUGGCUCACCCAAUCACAGCUCCAUGUUUCAGCCACUUCCUGGUUGUGAGAGGAGGAGGGUGACCAUCAGGGAUGCGUUUGGCCUGACAGACUCCAGACCUCGUCCAAAAACGAGACUCCAGUUAACCCCUGGCAACACGGUCACAGGGUGUUUAUACAUGAUGGAUUUGUCUAUAGAAUAUGAAUCUUCUGGAGUCUUAAAACGCCCACACCAGUAGAAAUACAUGUUUUUGAGCUGAAAGACGAUGGCCAGAGCUUACCCAUGAUGUUGCACAACAAUGUAAGUCAAUAAGUCAUUGUUUUAGUCAAAGUAUGAUAUAUUUGGGCUUGAAGUGCCAAAUCCUAAUGUGUGACUUCAGAUGUUUCCGUGAGUCUAGCUUGUCUUUUCCUAUAAGAUGAUGUGCACAUUUUUCAGCCUACGUUUCGUUUCAGGGCUGAGUUUUAA